AUGGCGGACGAUCUGGACCGGCUGCUGGACGAGGUGGAGAGGCGGCUGUGCCACCGGCGAGGCGGCGGCGGCCCGGAGCAGCCCGCGGCGGCCAAGGAGGGCAGAUCAGCUAAAGUGUUAAUGAGUGCUGACAGCAGUGAAGAAGAUCUAGAUGACAUUAUUGAUGAAAUCUGUAAUGACAGCAGCUUUACCAAAACACCUCCGAAAUUGAAGUCUAAUUCUGCAAGUCUCACACCUGAAAGAAAUAGUGUUGUUGUUGUACAGGCACGUGGGAAAAGAUGCUGUCCAGUGUACCUGGGUGGAAGCCUUUCACCAUCUGGGAUAGGAACAAAUAUUUCAAAAAGGGCGUGUGAUCAGCUGCGCUGCACUGCUUGUGACUUCCGCGUGUCACUUUUCAAUGACUACGUCUGGGAUCAGUCCUGUGAUUAUCUUUUUUUCAGGAAUAACAUGCCUGAGCUCAGUAAACUAAGAGCAAAGAUGAUAAAGAAGAAAGGAGCACGUGCAUAUGCUUGUCAGUGCAGCUGGAGAUCCAUUGAUGAAUUAACUGACCUUCAAACAGAGCAGCAGCUUCGAGCCUGCAGAGGCCCAGCAGUGUGCCUGGGAAGUCUGGCAGUGCUUCCUCAGUGCUCCAGACUGCUCCUUCCAGUGCCCAUGCAGCCUUGCUGGAGAGUCAGAGGUGACUUGUCUUUGGAGAGGUACUACUUGACAUGAUGGUGCAGACAUAUUUAGGGUCGUAUUGUUUUCAGUGAAUUUAGUAUUUUAGGCUGAAGUUUCAACUGCUAGAGUCCAAAACUGGAGUUUCAGGACCAGAGACCAGUUGACUACUGCUCAGUCAGCUCCUAAAAGAGCUCUGCUUGCCUUUCUGUCCUUUGUGAAGAUGCAGCCCUGGUCUGGGCUGUACACUGUGAGUGUUCCAGGGUGUUCUUCAGGUGAGCCUAAGCAACUUUCAUGCCUGGAGAACAUCAGUGCUAAGAAUAAGAGAAGAACCCAGAGGCAGGUAGCAAGCUCUGGGGAAGAAGGAACCUGCUUUCCAUUCUUCUCAAAGAAUGCAUUUCAGAAAGUGCUGAGUUGCCUUGGCUUUUCUGUUCCAAGGCUAUUUGAAACUUAUGACCAAGUAGUUCCACAGGGUGUCUUGACUAGAAUUGUACUGGAACUUGUGCCACAGUGUAGAAACAAGCUGGGCUUGCAACCUGUGAGCCAAAAAUGGGGGAAAUCCUAAUUCCCAUCUCAGUUCAUGAGACCAAGUUUUAUGUGACUAGGAAAGGGAGCUUGUCUCCUAUAUGCUGAACAUUCCCCUGAAAUAAUCAGGUUUAUUCAAGUGUAAUUAACUUGUUUCUGGCCUUGGUCAGAGUGGUGGGAUAUGACAGCUUUUUGUCCAAGGGAAGUUGUAAACAGGUACAGAAUAGUACUUCUGGUGCAGGUUUUCAGAAUUUAUCAUAUUUGUAAAUUUGAGAAUAAUUGCUGCAUCAUUAAGUACAAUUAUUUUAUUGGAAGGAGGAGCAGUAUUAAGAUUUGUUUUUGUUUCCUUUGCUUUCUUCAGUUACAUGUUACAAACCACUCCAAAGUCCUCAGAUGAAAAGAACGUAAAGAAAGGUAAAACUAGAGCUUGAAUGUAGAUUUGAUGAAGGUAUUGUCAGAUUGUACAAGGUCCUCAAGAUGUAGCCCAGACCCUAAUUGAUAUUUCUGUGUCAGUUAUCUGAGAUAGCAGGGAUUAUGUAGAGAAUUCUGUUUAAGAAUGCAAUUCAGCUGUUGUCAAAUGGAAGUACUGGAGAACAGUGUUGCUAAGUAUAAACAUGACCACUGUUUUCCUCCAAUUUUUUGCUUUGGAAUAAUACCAUUUCCAUUUGUGAAAUGGGCAAGAUGAAAAUUUAAGACUUUUAUUUUGCUUACUGAUAUGCUUGGAAAUUUUCUAGCCUGUCCCAUUAGUCUGCAACAGAUCCCUCAAAAAAACAAAAGCAAUGAAGGAUGACAAAAUGAGAUUCCAUCAAAUUUUAAUAUGCUGCUCUGACUUACCUUUCACUUGUUUUACCUGCAAACUAUAGAGGGUGAAUAUAGCUCAGAAGAGUCAUUACUAAGAAUUGACCUGCCAUUAAAAUUCACUUACAGAAGCAUAAUAACAUUACAUAUUGCAAGCUCUGCACUGUAUUAUAUCAAAUAAAGAUUUUUUUUGUCCAAACCUAUUUUAGUUUUGUACUGAAGAUAUUCUGCAAAUGCUGCCACUUGCUGAAAGACUGCCACUGCUCUUGUUUCCUGACUUGUGAGUCUUUGGGUCAUGUAACCAGCACAUUGGUAGUCACACAAUACAAGAAGUGCUAUGUUGGGAGCUGUGUACACAAAUUUUUCUUCCUGCCAGGCUCUUUUUUCAAAAGACCUGACAUUCUGUCUGUAGUGUGACACCUGAUAACUGCAGGCAGGUGGAGUAAAGGGACAUCAGGUGCUGCUCAUUUGUGAGGGCUACAUCUGAUGCCUAGGGUUUGGCUUGUGUGCUUUGAGAAAGUUUUUCAAAUGGCAGCACUUAAUAAAAUGAAAAGUUGGAACUAA